UUUCUGAACAAAAAAGGGUGAGACAGAAAGGCACAUAGUGAAAAGGGAGAAAUACACCGUUAAUGCAGUAACGUAAACGUUCGGAUGUAACGAAAAAAUAUGAAACAAAGUGGAGUGGGCGAGGAGGAACAUCGGCCGCGCCCCACUUUGAUACCGAAAACGGUUAGCUUACCAGCUAGCUCCAGAUAGGAGAGAUAGCUAGCUAGAGGGAUUGAAAGAAUUCAUUUGUAGCAGGGGUGAGGACGGAGGGGAAGAAAAGCUGUGAAAAUGGAUCGUAUAAUUUGAGUUGAACUGUGUCGGAAAGAGACGGAGAUCGUAAAGAGGAAAAAGAAAAACGAUUUCUUUGUAGCGAGGGGGAUCACAAUAAACCGCGGCGCUGGCCAUGCCGUCGAGCGCGAGGGCCGGGAGCCUGAAGGACCCCGAGGUGGCCGAGCUCUUCUACAGGGAGGACCCCGAGAAGCUCUUCGCUGACCUGAGGGAGAUCGGCCAUGGCAGCUUCGGGGCCGUCUACUUCGCCCGAGAUGUCCGAUCCAACGAGGUGGUGGCCAUUAAGAAGAUGUCCUACAGCGGCAAGCAGUCGAACGAAAAGUGGCAGGAUAUCAUCAAGGAGGUCAAGUUUCUGCAGAAGUUGCGUCACCCCAACACUGUUGAGUACAAAGGAUGCUACCUGAGAGAGCACACUGCCUGGUUGGUGAUGGAGUACUGUUUGGGUUCAGCCUCAGAUCUCCUGGAAGUUCACAAGAAGCCUCUACAGGAAGUGGAAAUAGCUGCUAUUACCCAUGGUGCACUGCAAGGCUUGGCAUAUCUUCACUCUCACAAUAUGAUACACAGGGAUGUGAAGGCAGGUAACAUCUUGCUGACAGAGCCUGGCCAGGUGAAGCUGGGAGAUUUCGGCUCAGCCUCGAUUGUUGCCCCCGCCAACUCGUUUGUGGGCACGCCCUACUGGAUGGCCCCGGAAGUGAUCCUCGCGAUGGACGAAGGCCAGUACGAUGGCAAGGUGGAUGUGUGGUCACUUGGCAUUACCUGCAUAGAGCUGGCGGAGAGGAAGCCCCCUCUGUUCAACAUGAAUGCUAUGAGUGCCUUAUACCACAUUGCCCAGAAUGAGAGCCCUGUCCUGCAGUCAAACCACUGGUCAGAUUACUUUAGGAACUUUGUAGACUCCUGCUUGCAGAAAAUCCCCCAGGAUAGGCCAACCUCUGACGUGCUGCUCAAGCACCGCUUCCUCUGCAGAGAGCGCCCCCUGUCUGUUGUGUUAGACCUGAUCGCGCGGACGAAGGACGCAGUGAGGGAGCUGGACAACCUGCAGUACCGCAAGAUGAAGAAGAUCUUGUUCCAGGAAACUCACAACGGCCCCGCCCCUGAAGGGGCAGAGGAGGAGGAGGAGGUGGAGCAGUACAUGUUGCGGACGGGGACGGUCAACAGCAUGGAGAGCUCGCACUCGGUGCCCUCCAUGUCCAUCAGCGCCAGCUCCCAGAGCAGCUCCGUCAACAGCCUGGCGGACGGCUCCGACGACAGCGGCGAGAUGGCCAUGAUGCAGGAGGGCGAGCACACCGUCACCUCCAACAGCUCCAUCAUACACAGGCCCCAGGGCCAUGACAACAUCUACGACGACCCGUACCAGCCCGAGAUGGACGCCCAGCAGCAGGCCUCCUCCGCGGCCCGGCGGAGAGCCUACUACCGCAACCGCGACCACUUCGCCACCAUCCGCACAGCCUCCCUGGUGACGCGUCAGAUCCAGGAGCACGAGCAGGGCUCCGCCCUGAGGGAGCAGAUGUCCGGCUACAAGCGCAUGCGGCGGCAGCACCAGAAGCAGCUGGUGGCCCUGGAGAACAAGCUGAAGGCCGAGAUGGAGGAGCACCAGCUGCGGCUGGACAAGGAGCUGGAGAGCCAGAGGAACAGCUUCGCUGCGGAAGGAGACAAGCUGAGCAAGAAGCACCAGGCCAUCCUGGAGAAGGAGACCAAGGCGGCGCUGGCGGAGGAGAAGAAGUUCCAGCAGCACAUCCUAGGGCAGCAGAAGAAGGAGCUGUCCAGCCUCCUGGAGUCCCAGAAGCGCCAGUACCGCCAGCGCAAGGAGCAGCUGAAGGAGGAGCUGAAUGAGAACCAGUCGACCCCGAAGCGGGAGAAGCAGGAGUGGCUGGUGCGGCAGAAGGAGUGUCUGCAGCAGCUGCAGGCGGAGGAGGAGGCGGGGCUUCUGCGCAGGCAGAGGCAGUACUUCGAGCUGCAGUGCAGGCAGUACAAGCGGAAGAUGCUGCUGGCCCGGCACAACCUGGAGCAGGACCUGCUGAGAGAGGAUUUGAAUAAGAAGCAGACCCAGAAGGACCUGGAGUGCGCCAUGCUGCUGCGGCACCACGAGUCCACCCAGGAGCUGGAGUUCCGGCAGCUGGGCUCAGUGCAGCGCACGCGGGCCGAGCUCAUCCGCACGCAGCACCAGACCGAGCUCACCAACCAGAUGGAGUACAACAAGCGGCGCGAGCAGGAGCUCCGGCAGAAGCACGCCGUGGAGGUGCGGCAGCAGCCCAAGAGCCUGAAGUCCAAAGAGCUGCAGAUUAAGCGACAAUUCCAGGACACGUGUAAGAUCCAGACCCGGCAGUACAAGGCUCUCCGUAACCACCUGCUGGAGAGCACCCCCAAGGCGGACCACAAGGCGGUUCUGAAGAGGCUGAAGGAGGAGCAGACCCGCAAGCUGGCCAUCUUGGCUGAGCAGUAUGACCACUCCAUCAACGACAUGCUCUCCACACAGGCUGUGAGUAAGCUGCGAUUGGACGAAACACAGGAGGCGGAGUACCAGGUGCUGCGGAUGCAGCUGCAGCAGGAGCUGGAGCUGCUGAAUGCCUAUCAGAGCAAGAUCAAAAUCCACACCGACUCGCAGCACGAGAGGGAGGCCAAGGACCUGGAGCAGAGGGUGUCCAUCCGCCGUGCCCUGCUGGAACAGAGGAUCGAGGAGGAGAUGCUCUCUCUGCAGAACGAGCGCUCAGAGCGGAUCAGAACCCUGCUGGAGCGCCAGGCCCGCGAGAUCGAAGCUUUCGACUCGGAGAGCAUGAGGCUGGGCUUCAGCAACAUGGCGCUGACGGGCAUCCCCGCCGAGGCUUUCAACCAGGGCUACCCCAACCCCCCCGCCGCGCCCGGGGGCUGGCCCUCGCGCCCGGUGCCCCGCUCCGGCAGCCACUGGACGCACGGGGUGCACCCCCAGAACUCGGGGGCUCCGCCCUCCUGGAGGAGUCAGAACAGCUGCAGCGGGAGCAGCAGCAGCAGCGGGUUCAGCCGGGCAGAGUCGGUGACCUCCACCCACGGCCUGGGCAGGGAGGGCAGCGUGCCGUCCUCUCACUCCUCCGCCUCCUCCUCAUCCCACCACCACCAUCACUACCUCCCCCAGCACUACCACCACCAGAGCACCCCGCAGCUGUACCGGGAGAGGGACCGGGACAGGGACCGGGACCGAGAGUGGGCGGGGGAGGGGAGGCACCUCUCCCACGGCCACUCUCACCACCUGCCCUCCCACUCCUCCUCUCAAUCCCUGGCGCUGCUCCCCCCGCCACCUCCCCCUCCCCCCAUCUCCCUGUCCUCCUCCUCCCCGCCCUCCUCCUCCUCAUCCUCUUCCUCUCAGGGGGGGUACAGCGGCGGCGGAGGCCUGGUGGUGAGGGGCCCCAGUCUGAUGGCCCUCAGGAACAGCCCCCAGCCCCUCAGGAGAACUGCCUCCGGAGGGGGGCCCGGGGGGGCGGGGGGUGGCGAGGGCGGCCUGAGCAGGAGCACAUCAGUCACCUCUCACAUUUCAAAUGGCUCACACCUCUCCUACUCCUAAAGAGGAUGAGGAAGGUGGGCAGGCCCGUGCGCGGAUGCAUUUGACAGAGAGAGAGAGAGAGCGGAUUCAGAUAGAGCUGGAGGUAGAGGUAGGUAGGUAGAGAUAAGAAGGAACCAAUAGGGGGGAAGGAGAGGGUUUUGAGGAUAUGUAUUGUCUUGUUACUACUUUAAAAAAAGAAAUUAGGGAGGAUCUGAGGUUUGGGAGUGAGUCAGAUGGAGAGGUCAGUCUUAGAAGGACAAACUGAAACAUUAGAGACCUUAAUGCAAAAAAGUAAAAUCCUUUGGAUGUUAAUAGGUGAAACAGAAAAGAAGUG